AUGGCCAAUGGCAUGUACAAAUACAGUAAUGCUGCUUGCACUUUGCAGCGAGGAUUUGUAGCAGGCACUCUGAAACCAAUCCACCACACCACCACCACCACCAUUAACGGCGAGAGUGCGCGUCGAGGCGAAUCCAAUCCACUCCACUCCGCCGCGCUCUCCUAUCCUCUCCUCCGGCGAAGAGCCGAAGACGUGAUGCCACCGAGCGCCGACUCCGCCCCCGCCGCAAUGGCGCAGUCGCCGCGCCUCCACGCGCUGCUCAGCUUCGACCGCGGCGCCGACGCCGACGCGCUCGCCGCCGCGGGCGAUGAGGAUGCCAGGGUCGCGACGGUUGAGCCCGAGGACGACGGCUUCGACUUCGCGUUCGCGCCGCCGGUGUCCGCGGCCGACCUGGCGCCGGCCGACGACAUCUUCUCCCACGGCCGCAUCGUGCCGGCGUACCCGGUGUUCGACCGCCGCCUCCUCGACCUGUCGCCCGACCGAGAGGCGGGGGUACGGAACGCGGCGUCCACGGCGCCGCCCACCGCCGACACCUACUGCGCGUGGACGCCGCGCUCCGCGCCGGGCUCGCCCGGCCGGGGCAACAGGUUCCCCAAGAGCGCCUCCACCGGCGGAGAGUUGUCGUCGUCGUCGUCGUCGCGGCGCUGGCGGCUGCGCGACCUCGUCGGCGGCCGCUCCCGCAGCGACGGCAAGGACAAGUUCGCCUUCCUGCACCACCACGCCACCGCCGCCGCCGCCGCCGCGCCGCCCUCCUCCAAGCUCUCCUCCCGUCCCGCCAAGACAACGACGACGGCAACGCAGAAGAAGCAGAUCACCGUGAAGAAGACCAAGGGCGCCGUGGUGACGGAGAUGGACAUGGCCACCGCGCACAAGCUCUUCUACAGCAAGGCCGGCGCCGCCGCCGGCGAGAGGAGGCCGCAGCAAGCCUCGUACCUGACGCACCGGCCGGCGUUCAGCGGCAUCUUCGCGCUCGGCCGGUCUCAACACCACACCGCCUAUUAACCAAUUAAUCCAUUUAAUUUAAUUACCGCGGUUAACUCGGAUCCAUACUAAUCUAAUCACCUUGUCAAUAACCAAAUUGUUUGGUUAAAUUAAAUAUUUGUUAAAUUCCAUUCAAAAGUUUCGGCGAAAUCCGGUCAAAUGUCUCCUCCUUGUAAUUCUUUAUGUACAUAAAGAAAACGAAAAGAAAGAGAUUGAACAGACGAUUUUUUGUCUCUGAAUCUGUCAAA